AUGAUUCCAUGGAGAGAGGUCGGGUCGGGCUAUUUUGGAAUAUUAAUGUAGAGUAGAGUCGUGAACAAUAGAAGAGAGAAUCCUUCGAUAAAAGACCGAGCUGAAUAAGGAAGGCAAUGCCGGUAAGAGUGGUGGAUACCUCCGCCCCUUCUCAGAUUUCUGAAGGUGCAAAUUCUGGGCAAACGGCACCACAAGCUUGUACCCUUUUAAGUGUUGGACAGGUUUAUCUUCUUAACUUCGUCUCUAUCUCCAAACAUGUUCGACAGUUUUUUCUGUUGACCUUCUCGGGUACUCAGAAUGUUUCUGGUUUGCAAAAAGAUGAAGCAUGGAGGGUAAAUGUUUGUAUACAAGGAUGUGACCUUGAACAUGGUUAUCUAUGCGGUACCAUGGAAGCUCUUAAUGUUCCCAUGGCCGAUACACCAGUUGUAACCUUUUGGGAAGGAGAAAUUGUUGAUACCAAGAAUUAUACUUUCUUCACUGGCAAAUGGGAAGCAACACCAGAGGAUGAUAUAAGGCACUGGACCAAGUUUUCUUCUUUUAAUCCUUUACUUAGCCAAGUGGAGGUUGAUGGAGGCAAAUCUUUGGACUUGAGUAACUAUCCAUACAUAUUUAUGAGAUGGAAAGAACAGUACUUUGUCAAUGUUGGGACAGACUGUGGGUUAACUAUAGCUGGCUUUUACUAUGUUUGCUUUUCUUGUAGUGAUGGCUCCAUUAAUGGAUUCUACUAUGAUCCUAAUAGCAGCCCAUUCCAGAAGUUGGAGCUGAAAUCUACUAAUGAGGGAAGAUCAGGUUUCAGUUUCUCUUCAUACGAGUUACGAUAGAGAUUAAGAAGAUUUAAGGUUUUGGUGUUCGGAGAAACUUGAGAGAUUGCACGAGUUUCUCGCUUUCUUGGUGUAUAAGUUUUAUUUUAACUUAGGGAAACUAGUUUGGCUGCUUUUAGCUACUACUUUGUAGCUUUUUCUGUUCAUGUAUAUGUUAAAAUUUAAUUUUAAGGAAUAAUCAACCUUGCUUUUUUAAAUUUCUUUUAACUGAACUUGUCCAGAUACCAACUCUAUCUGAGUGAUGAAAUAUAUAUGAAAAGAAAACAACAAAAAUUUGUGAUC